CAUCUCCAACACUCAGCCAUGGCAAACUGUGGACCAUCCUGUGCUGUCCCAUCUUGCGCUUCCACCCCAGUCGUCGGUUUUGGAUCAGCAGGUCUUGGAGGCCUUGGAGGCCUUGGUGGCCUUGGCCUUGGCGACACCUACGGCUAUGGCUCCGGCGCCCUGGUGGGAUCCGGCAUCCCUUCUGCUAGUCUUGGUAUUCUUUCUGGUGUCGCCCCUUCAUGCAUCAACCAGAUCCCACCAGCAGAGGUCGUGAUCCAGCCACCAGCCUGCAUCAUGACCAUCCCAGGACCCAUCCUCUCUGCCAGCUGUGAGCCAGUGGCCGUAGGAGGAAACGCUCCAUGCUCCCCUGGUGGUUUGGGCAGUGGGUUCCUCGGAGCCGGUUCUCUUGGAGCCGGUGCUCUUGGAGCUGGUGGUCUUAGAGGAUCUCGUUUUGGACUUGGGAGUCGCUAUGGAUUCGUUGGAGACAGAGGAAGCAUCUGUUACAACCCCUGCUAAGUAAACAUGGACUAUCAGCUAGCGAGAAGAAGACAGACCCAGAUAAACAGCAGAAUAGCUACACCUGAGUUUAGCUAUGAUGAGCACCCUAAUCCGAGUCAGUCCUAAUAGGAGCUGGGGGAAUGCUCAGCAUCCCUGCGAAUCAGGCCCAGCUAGAUCUUUCAUGCAUCUCUUUCUAUCUAAAUUUCCUCCACUGUGUCCCACUAUUUAUGUUCCUCUCUGAUGUGUAUUUAUUUAUUGCCUAUGGCUCUUCAAGGCACAUGUUCCUAUAGCAGAGUAAAGAGCACAGGAAUUAUUCUCUCUGUUGAUGAAAUUAGCACACUCAUUUGCACCGGAUCUUCUGGGUAACUGGGGACCUCCUGUAAAGGAGCGGAGCAAUUAUGUUCUUUAAAUACAUCGCCUCUCUCAGAAGUAAAUAAGCUGUUCAAUCGCAUGAGCUUUUUGCAUUUUGCCCUGUUCAAACCUGCUUGUUGUUCACUGAAAUGCUGUCUUCUUCAUUCC